CUUCUCUAUAACUGAAACCUUUGAAGAGAGUCGAUAAACAUUCUUUUUGCAAGUGAGACUUGACAACUAGUUUUUACUCAAAGUAAAGGUUUCUAGUUCUCGUUGAUGGUCAUAGAUAAAUAGAGUUACAAUAUGAUGAAAAGUUUGGCUAAUGUGGUCGAAGGAAAGACGGCGAGGGCAUGCGACAGCUGCGUGAAGAGGCGGGCACGUUGGUAUUGCGCAGCUGAUGAUGCUUUCCUUUGCCAUUCUUGUGACGGUUCGGUCCACUCAGCGAACCCUCUUGCCCGUAGGCACGAUAGGGUUCGCUUGAAAUCGGGUAGCCCCAAAAAGAAAUCCUCACCACCUCAUGCAGCCACGUGGCAUCAGGGCUUUACACGUAAAGCUCGGACGCCACGCGGGGGCAAGAAGAGUCACACGAUGGUGUUCCAUGAUCUUGUGCCGGAGAUGAGCUCGGAGGAUCAGAGCUUUGAGGUGGAAGAGCAGCUCAUCUUUGAGGUCCCAAUGUUUAACCCAAUGGGUGAUGAUGAGCAACGGCUAAACAAAUCUGUGGAGACAAAGAACGAGAUACCUUUGAUGUCCAUGUGUUUCAAGAGCAGCGACCAAGAAGAUGUCAACGCUGAAAGUUGUCUGAAUGGUUUAUUCCCGACCGAUAUAGAACUAGCUCAGUUCUCAGCUGAUGUGGAGAUUCUCCUCGGUGGAGGGACGGAUAGAGAAUUCAAUGCCAUGGAAGAGCUAGGGUUAGGUGAGAUGCUCAAGAUCGAAAAAGAGGAAGAAGUAGUGACAAUAGAAGUGUGUGAUCUAGAUGACGCUGAUGAGACUACACCAUUUGAAAUAAGCUUUGAUUAUGAGUACUCACAAAAAACCGAAGAAGAAGAUGUGAAUAAGAAUAUUAUUGACGUGGAAGUGAAUGAGAUGAGUGGUUCGGUUAAGGAAGAGAAGAAUGAGACGGUUCAUAUGCUUAGAUUGGACUACGAGUCAGUGAUUUCCACUUGGGGAGGUCAAGGAACACCAUGGACCGCCCACGAGCCACCUCAAGUAGACCUCAACAUGCUCUGUUGCUCAACCGAUUCCAUGGUUGAGAGUGGUGGAGAGGCUCAUCAUCACAACCACUUUCGGGGACUAGGGUUACACAUGAGAGAUGCUGGUAGUGGAGGAAGAGAAGCUAGAGUUUCAAGAUACCGAGAGAAAAGAAGGACGAGGUUGUUCUCCAAGAAGAUAAGGUAUGAGGUUCGUAAAUUGAAUGCUGAGAAAAGACCUCGUAUGAAAGGAAGGUUCGUGAAGCGAUCUUCAAUCGUUGCUGCUCACUAAAAAGUACUUUAUUAAUUAACUAUAGAUAUUCUCUCUGCGCUCUUCUUACUUCUUUGUUGCUUUAUUUUACUGCAAUGUUAGAAAUUUUGCUGGUUUUGUGAGCUAUGUAUGUAAUAUAUAUUUAUAUCUAUGAGCCAAGAAAAAAAUUAUCCUGUAAGGGAUGGUUUGAUAAAAACAUGAUCUCGAUUGCUACCGCUAUGUAAACAUAUGUAUUGUCACAAAUAUAUCUGCAAAAGACUAAAUCUCAAAGAAAAUGGGAUUAUGUUGGUUUGUAUUACGUACGUAGUGUGGUUCAUGCGAGUAUGUAUUAUAUAAAUAGAGACAGAGGAAACUCCGAUCCAUUUGCACGGGUCGGUGGUUGAGUUGU